AUGAAGCUCCACGACCUCAGGAGGGUAGAGAUCGAUAUCGAUAUCUUCCUCAACCGGUACAUCCCACAUCCACGAUGGCACCGCUAUCCGUAUCCUGUGGCCCAUUUCCUCGGCCACAGGCUUGAGCCGACUGAGAAAUUAGGGACCCUGGUGGUUAUAUUCUGGACGUUUAUCGGCGUGUUCUGCGGCCUGUUAACUCUUACCGCAGCCACUACUCAUAUUCCUUUUUUUCGGGAGCAUGGGGCGCCUCUUGUAGUUGGCAGUUACGGAGCCGCAGCGGUGCUUGCAUAUUGCGCUAUAGAAUCACCCCUUGCACAACCCAGGAAUGCCAUCGUUGGCCACUUCCUCGCAGCCGUGGUCGGGGUCAGCAUCACGAAACUGUUCGGCCUCCAUCCUCACCCUGAAGAACUCUACUGGAUUGCUGGACCGCUGUCUUGUGCUGUUGCCACUCUGGUGAUGAGCCUCACGAAAACCGUCCACCCUCCCGCAGGCGCCACUGCGUUACUCGCAGUUGUGGAUCCGACAACGAGACACCUGGGAUGGCUUCUCCUUCCGCUCAUCCUGCUCUCCUGUGUCCUGGUCCUUGUCACGGCUCUGAUCUUUAAUAAUAUCGAACGGCGGUUCCCGCUACAUUGGUGGACGCCCGCGGACCUCGCUCAGGCCAAGAAGGAAGCAGACUUGGAGUCUUCGUCGUCGGAGGAUCUCGGAGAAGUUCACCAGCCCGCCGCUGCUGGCAGAGGCGUAAAGCAGCUGGAGGGCCAUAUCAGCAUCAGGCCGGGGGCGGUCGAGGUGUCCGGCGGCAUCACGCUCACGCCCGAAGAACAAGACUUCCUUGAACGGCUGAGUAAACGUAUAAUAAACUUAGAUGAGAAGAGUGCAUUAGACACUGCACAUAAACCUUGA